UGUAAACAUAUAAAACACAUCUGUCAUCUGCAAUUGAUGCGUCAUUGUGGUAUUAAUUUCUUUCUGCUUGUAUAUAAAAGGAUUGAAAUUUCUCGUAACUAAUUAUAUUUGUUCGCAAGAUUUUGUACAGUCCAGUUAUCAUAGAGAAUUGAAGAAAUACACAAUUAAUCAUAGUGUGAAAGUGGAAAUAGUUGACAUUCUCUUAUUGACAUUCUAUUUGCGUACGUUUCGAAACAAGCUGUCAUCAUGGCUGGUACGGUGGUCAAUUUUAAAGUUUUCUUGAUGAAAGAAAAUGCAACUUUAACGAAACCAGAAGUAAGAAGAUUUGGCAUUGACAGCGAUAUUGUGACUGAUUUUCAAUAUUUACGUGAAAAAUUGCAAACCAUUUUUCCCAAUAUUCGUGGUAAACGAUUUACUGUCAGCUGGAAAGAUUGCGAUGGAGAUAAUAUUGUGAUCUCAAGUGAUGAGGAACUACAAAUUGCACUUCUCGAAACUAAUGGAGCGCUAGUGCGCAAAUUUUAUUUGACACUUUAUUCUGAUUACGAGCAACAAGGAACACAAGCAACAGCCUCUGAGGAAGGCGUUCGUCACGAUGGCGUCACAUGCGAUGGUUGCGAAAAAAGUGUUUACGGCUUUCGCUACAAAUGUAUUCAAUGUCCCGAUUAUGAUCUCUGCAAAGAAUGCGAAGCACAAGGUCUUCAUCCUGAACAUUGUAUGCUACGUAUGCCUUUACCAAUGCCAUAUUCAAAAAAUCGCUACAUCAGACAUUUUGGACGUCGAAUGAAUAAAAAUCAACACAAUAGCACAAAUUUCACUGAUAAUUCAAAAGAAUCAUUCAAGAAUUGUAAAUUCGAUAAUUCACGUUCACGUCAUUGUGGUGGUAACAAUUUCCCCUGGACAGAUUUCUUGGGUUCAUUUGUUUACGAUGUUAAUAAUACAGCAAAAGAAUGUGAAAAACAAUCGCAGGAUAAAUCUUCUGAUCCACAAAAGGAACAACAACAACAACAGUCACAACAAUCACAAUUUCGCAAAAUUUCCGAAACAAAUAUUGAAUUUUUGAAAAAUAUUGGUGAACAAAUUGCUCAGAAUAUUGGCGAACAUAUUACACAAUUUUUAGAUCCACUUGGAAUUGACAUUAAUGUACCACAAACGAAAAAUGACAAUGUUCAAAAUAAAACAGAAGAUAAAACAAAUUUGCCAAGUACUUCAAAUGAUGAUUCUUCGGCUACAAAGCAAACACAAAAUCAGAAUGAAAAGCCAAAUGAAUCAGACAAAUCUCCAGUGAAGGAUCAAACAAAAGUUAAUGAUGAAUCGAAUGUGGAUUUGAAUAAUUCAACAUCAGAGAAAAAUAUGCCUGAACCAGAAGGUUGGACUUUGUUAAAUGAAAAUGAUAGUCCUCCAACAACAUCAAAUUCAUCACCAAUUUCUUCUCGUGCACCAUCAAUUGCUGAAGCUCCUCUUGCAAAACCGUCACAGCCAAGUGCACCGACAGUCACCGAACCAUUAGCGGCACCUGAGAAACCACUUUAUCCACCAUUGCCAAAAGAAGGUAAACUUCCAUAUCAUUCAAAUCCAAAAAUUCAACGCGCUAUUGAAACAAUGAUGGAAAUGGGAUUUUCAAAUGAAGGAGGAUGGUUAACUCAUCUUUUGGUUACAAAAGAAGGUGAUAUUAGUAAAGCUCUGGAUAUUUUAGCACCUAUUCGUCGAUAAAAAAAAAUAUACUUUUUUUCAAAUCUAAUUAUUGUUAAAGCUUAUACAGAGAGGGAAAUCAUUUACAAAUUGAUUUCGCAUUCCAUUCAGCAAUAUUGUUACUAUACAUUAAUAUUAAAUAAAUGUGAAUGCAUUAAGAAAAAAAAUUCGUAAAGUAGAAAUUACUUUAGUUGCUCUGCAUGUACUAAAUGUAAACAAAAAUGCAUUCUAUUCAUUCCUGGUGACUGUAUUACUUAGUGUCCAACAAUAAAAAGUAAAAAAAAAAUA